UUCAUCUCUUGCUUUAUCUUUAGUCUAUUUCUCCGAAAAUUUGUCGAUUUACUUGCAAAGCAGAGAUCUUUAGCUGUCUUCUUCCCUCCCUUCCGAUUGUUUUUUCAUCCUAGUUAUUUGUUUUUUAAUUUUUGAUUUUCUAAUAUUUUUAGGAAGUUUGGUUGAUUCUCUUUGCGGAGUGUUGUUGUCACAAGUUCUUGAAUUUUUCUUUUCUUUUGGUUUUUAUAAAAAUUUUAGGUUUGGAGCUGCUUGAUUGCCUGCUAUGGAUGACCAUGCGCCGUUACAGGAAGUCAUGGUUGAAUUUCGGGCAGGAAAAAUGAAUAUUGAGGGGACACGUGUGACUCCAGAUACCCGCAAAGGUCUUGUUCGCAUAGGGAAGGGUGAUGAAGGAUUAACUCAUUUCCAAUGGUUUGAUCGGGGCCUGAAUAAAGUGGAGGAGGAUCAAAUCAUUUUUCCUGAUGAAGCUAUCUUUGAGAAGGUCUCACAAUCUUCUGAAAGAGUAUACGUCUUGAAGUUUAGCACAGAUAAUAGGAAAUUCUUCUUUUGGAUGCAGGAACCCAAAUCAGAUGGAGACUCACAAAUAUGUAGCUCGGUCAAUUCCUGUAUCAAUCGACCUAUAGAUAUGCUUGGUGAAGAUAAUGCUGAAGCUUCAACUCAUCUUCAAAUGUCUGAGAUGUCGGAAGAGACUGGAGAAGAUGAUCUUUCUUCUAGAGCUGGAAACUUGGUGGAUCAAAGCAUGGGUACUGAAUUGGCUGGUGAGGUUACUUCUUCAGCAGGGCCUGUGCAAUUGGCAGAUCUGCAAAGAAUAUUGAGAAGCAUUCAGCCAGCAGCUGUUGUCGAAGAUCCAGAUGGAGGGAUAGGAUUAGGAGAUAUAUUGAAACCUGAUCUGGUGAUGCCCUUAAUUGAGACUCUGCCACUGGAACAAACAUUGGCGGCAUACCUGCCUGAGGGCUCAUGGUCAACUGACGAUCUCAUGGAACUUUUACAAAGCCCGCCAUUUAGGCAACAAGUGGACUCAUUUUCUCACGUGCUCCGAACAGGACAGAUAGACUUGUCACAGUUUGGAAUUGAUCCAAGUAAAUAUAAGUUUUCGGUGCUAUCCUUUCUCGAGGCCUUGGAAGAUUCAGUGGCGAAAACGUCAGAAUCUGGAGGAGGUGAGUCUAGGCAAGGAGAGAAUAAUGAUCCUGAAUCUCGGAGACACGGCGGUGGGGACGCGAUGGAUGAAAGUUGAUGCUUUUGGCAACUAUUGGAAAAUUUAGGUUGCUGGGUAAAAUUUGAGCUGGUGGAGUUAGUAAGAAGUGAAAUGGAAAAGUGGAAUUGAAACAAUCUGUCACAGAAUUGAUCAAGAACUAUUCACUAUUUUCUAUUCAUUAGUCUUCUCUGGUGUGUUAUAGUAUUUGUUUCCAUGGCUGAAAAUGACAGAAUUUAAUUUGCAUGUUUGUUUGUCUUGGCACAUCAAAUGCUCAGUCUUGGAGUCUUAGUUUUGGUUGUA